UUGUCUCAUUGCCACAUCUGGAGGGAUGACUUCAGCAAGGGUUGGCCACACUGUCUCAUUGGGCCAUUGUUGUUGGUGGCAACGCAAGCAUGAGGCAUGCUGCGCGUGAUCAUGCCCAGGCAGCCGAGCAAACAAUGGAUGGCAUGAGCCUACUAUGUCGGCCCCGAGAGGAAGUCGGUGGUAUCCCUGGAUGAGUAUGGCUGGUCCCCCGGGGUCUCGAACCAGGACUGUUUGCUACCAAGCGUCACGAUAAGAGGACCUUGAUCUGCCUUGCGGCUGCUCAGAGAACUCUUCUGUCCCUCGUUGCAGCAGCAAACGAUAUCCACUGGUUUAAGACAUUCGCAGAGCCUGACACGGCACUUGCCCAACGAAGAUCAGGAAAACCCCCAGCUUCGACCUGAACCUCCCAAGCUUGACAUAAGGAGCGGCUUUUGAACAAUGGAAGCACAGAAGAACCCCCCGUUCCGGGUUGUCAUUGCCGGAGCCGGCCUCGUGGGCUUGACAGCAGCACACAUACUUACCAAGGCCGGUAUCGACUUUGUCAUUCUUGAAAAGCACAAGACCGUCGUUCCUGCGGUGGGCUCUGUGAUGACCAUCUGGCCUCAGACCUUUCGGAUAUUCGAACAACUCGGCUUGAACGACGUCCUCAGUCCACUUCUAGAGACUCUAAACACCAACACCGUCAUCUCCGCCGAUGAUGCCAGCGAGCUUGACGUGUCAAGGUUCCCGGACCUCAUUGAGAGGAACCAUGGCUGGGCAGUCCGCGUGCUAGUUCGCACGAAGUUCAUCGAAGCACUAUAUGACAGCCUACCCCAGGAAGCCAAGGCAAAGGUUCUCCUUGGCAGACAUGUCGAGGACGUCGAGAUGGACGACACUGGCGUGAAAAUGACCUGUCGUGGUGGCUUCGUCGAGCGCGGUGAUAUGCUCAUCGGGGCCGACGGUGUCCGCAGCCAGACUCGGCUCCAUAUGGAGUCGCUGCGCCAGAACAAGGCACCAAGCGACCUCGCCGACAAGUAUCAGAAGCCGUAUCUUUCGACUUACCGCGUGCUUGUUGCACAAGUGGACACCCUUCCGGAUGUCUCAACCAACAUCAAAUAUGACGGUGUGCGGUAUGGGGUGACGACACAGUUCAUGUAUGGGAAACAAGUCUCCUGCAUGGCGGUGUACGAGAAAUUGGAGACGCCCACAUCAGACCAUCACAGAUACACGGACGAGGACAAGAUGGACAUGCUCCGGCGCUGGGGCCAUCUCAUGGUUCUUCCGGGCUACUCAGUGCGCGACCUCCACGAGAAAAGCAAGACCAACAUCGGGCUCUACGACUGCGAAGAGGGUCUGGUGGAGCGGUGGCACCACGGCCGUAUUGUGCUGGUGGGUGAUGCAGUGCGCAAGCUAGAUCCUCACACCGGCCAAGGCUACAAUGAAGGCGUGACUGACCUUGUGGUCCUGCUCAACAACGUGCGGAAGAUGCUCCUCGCGUCGUCGCAGGGCGUGGAAAGUGCCCCCAGCACGGCCAGACUCGAGGCGGUCUUUGCGAAAUACGAGGCGGAGCGGAUGAAGCAGAUGGGUGCGGUGCUGGAGAUUUCAAAGGCGUUUGCAAGGAUGGCAGCAUGGCUGUCGUGGAAGGACAUGGUCAUGGCCAAGUAUGUGCAGCCAUACCUGCCUCUGAACUACCUCAGCAUGACAUAUAUCAUCGGCCCCAUGAUUGCUGGGUCUCCAGUACUGGAAUGGUUAGAAGAGCGGCGGUUGCCACCUGGAAAGAUGGCGUGGAGGCACCACCCCAAGCUGGUAGAGGCACCACCGGGGAAGGAGCCAAGCAAGGAAGCAAUGUCGGCCCCUGGCGUGGCAGUAUUUACCAAGUGGGCGUGGGCCAAGGGGGCGAGAGCUUUAUCUGCUGUGGCAGGUCAUCGCUUCCAGUGGCGGUCGUGAGGAAUCUGGGCAGAGGAGCUGGCCUGGACUCCAAGUAGCGUAGGUACCUGCCAUAGGUAAUUAGCAUACAGAACGGAUCGAAAGUCCCCUGGCG